UUUCCUUCUCGCAAAACAACUGUUUCAGAAUCUUGCUAGGAGCCUGUAUGGAAUAUGGAAGCGCCGGACAGUGAUGCAGCCACGAGUCCGACUAAGAUUCGGUGGAAACGAACAAGGUCAGGAUGCCUGAAAUGCCGUAGCCGUCGCCGGAAGUGCGAUGGAGCCCGUCCACAAUGUAGGAACUGCCAGACUCGGGGGACGACCUGCCGAUGGGGGCUUAAGGCUUCUUUUCACCAUUCGCGCAACCUCAGCUUAUCCCAUAGUGAAGUUUCUUCCUUGUGCGCUAUUGAAAGGCGCCGGGAGUCUUUGCCGUCUCAGGCCCAAGCCGUUCCGACGAUAAUCGAUGAGUCAGAGUCAAUUGCUCGUGACUACCAUUUCCUUGGAGAUGCUUACGCUUCUGAUUCUAUUCUAUACCAAUCGCAUGAGGCGGACAGAUCGGGGGUGGAUGGAGACGAAAAUGAGGACGUGUUUGAUGAAGACAAAUCUGUCGUAGAUGAUGCCACGGCGUUAGAAAGAGCUAGCUGUGGCUCUAAAGGUAGUUCGAGCGCGCUGGAUACCUCUUAUCUUCAUUCACAGGAGUUUUCCACGUCUCGUGCUUCGGGAACUAACGAUGGGUUGAGUACCGGAGACCUCAGCAUCAGUAAUCUGCUAUCUACGCAUGAGACUGGGGCGUAUAUUCCCCCGUUCUCGCUUGGACUGGCGGUUUCUCGGGACGAGUUCCCGUUGCCCGAGCCAGUUUUGCCUGUAACUUGCACAGAAAAAGCUCGUUUGAUUUCUUCAUUCAUGCAAGAGACUGGAACGUGGUGUGAGACAACCGACUCCAAUGUACAUUUCACCAUGCGAUCCCUGCAUUCGAUGAUGAAGUUCACGGCUUUUGUAGGAGCUGCUAUGUCUCUCGCCUCCCGCCAGCUAGACCACGCCGAGAAAGUGCGGCGGCCAGCCACCCUAGAGCUGUAUCAAUAUACUAUACAACUCCUUCUCCGGCAAGACCCCGCAAAAGCAGACGCAUCGGUUCUUGCAACCUGUACCCUGUUGUGUGUUUACGAAAUGAUGGCGUCCGAUGUCCAUGAGUGGCGGCGGCAUUUGAAGGGAUGUGCUGGCCUUCUUCUAGCAAAGAAGUGGAAUGGUUCGAGCCAGGGAAUUGUGAAAUCCUGUUUCUGGGCAUUUGCCCGAAUUGAUGUAUGGGCGGCUUUUAUCAGCGGUAAGACGACACUAAUCCCAACGGACUUCUGGUUGGAUGAUGCAUCCAUCGAAUCCUUGGCCACGAAAAGGGACGUGGAUGACUAUUGUAAUUUCGCCAUCUUUAUAUUUGCUCAGAUUGUCAAUAUGUUAGCUGCACCUGGAUUUAGCACAAGAAAAGUUGGGUCUACAUUUGCCGUCUCGGAGGUGUGCCCAUUACUGAGGGACUCCUGUCUUCCUCCCAGGGUGUUCCCGACUGUGAUAUACACAAGUGCCUCGGCUAUGUCCAAGCUAACCAGAUUUAAGGUUGAUAUUGUUUGGCAUGCGAGGGAACUCUGUGGCAUAUCUAUGUCAAACCCGUCUCAUGCAAACUGGGUCAAUCAGCUUCAACCACUUUAUAUUGCAGGAGCAGUAUUCGCCAGCAAGUCGUCAUCCUUAUCGGAUUGUCCAGGCUCUUCAGAUGAUCAAGUGUAUUUUCCCCCGUCAUCAAUACUUAGUAUCAUAAGACCCUCGCAUCAUACUCGCUCCAAUCUGGAGGAAGAAUAUGCCACGGAGAAGAUACUUUUGCUCAAACAUCUGUCUCGAAUCGAGAAUGAAACAGGCUGGAAGACUUCAGAUCGAGCCGCCGAUCUUAGGAAGCUCUGGGGUUUCUAA